AACAGAUCGAAUGGCACUGAAAGAGGAGAGUCAAGAACUGAAUGAAAAAAAAGGGAAAGAUCAAAAUGAGAAACAUCAUGAUUUCAAAACUGAAGAAAAAUCUUUCAGUUGCUCUCAGACUGAAAAGACUUCCUCACCAAAAAAAGCUCAAAAAACACAACCUACAAACCUUAAUUCCCAAAUGAGAAUUCACACUGGAGAGAGCUCUUUCACCUGCCAACAGUGUGGACACAUUUGCAAUGGAAAAGAAAGCCUUGAAGUCCACAUGAAAAUUCACAUUGAAAAGAAACCGUUAAUAUGCCCUCAGUGUGGAAAAUGUUUUACACGGAAAAAUCACCUUAAUGCCCACAUGAUCGUUCACACUGGAGAAAAACCUUACACCUGCCCUCAGUGUGGAAAGAGUUUCACGAUUAAAGGAAACCUUAAGAUUCACAUUAGAAUUCACACUGGAGAGAAGCCUUUCACCUGCAAACUGUGUGGGGAGAGUUUCUCAUUAAAUAAAGGUCUUAAGACUCACAUGAGAAUUCACACUGGAGAGAAGCCGUUUGUAUGUGAUCAGUGUGGAAAGAGUUUUACAGAGAAAAAACUCCUUAAUGCCCACAUGAGAAUUCACACUGGAGAGAGUCCUUUCACCUGCAAACUGUGUGGGAAGGGCUUCACACGAAAAGAAACUUUUAAGAGUCACAUGAUGAUUCACACUGGAGAGAAACCUUACACAUGUGAUCAGUGCGGAAAGAGUGUUGGCAUGAUCGAGGAUAAAGUAUGCCAUGUUCAAGUGGCUACAGAUAUGGUGGAGAUGAGGGGCGCCAAUGUGGAGACCCAGACAGGCUAUGUUAAAGAUGUAUCUGGACGUAUUAAAGUCCAGUUGUGGGAGGGACAAACUGGCAUCUUCUUCUUUGGUCUUUUCCUUGAUACUCUGGAUUACACCAUCAACGUGCCUGUGGACUAG